AGAUUUAUAACAGAAUGAAUGAAUGAUUCUUUGAAUUAGGAUAAAAGUUAAAUACUUAGUUUAGGUGAAAUUAAAAGGUUUUUUUAAUUUGUUUAAAUAAUAUUAUUAAUCUAUGACAAUUAAAUAGAAAUUAAUUAAUUAUUAAAAUCCAAUAUGUCAAUUAUAAAAGUUCCUUUUAAAUUUAAAUCUGAAAUACAUAAUGAAUUGGAAAAAGAUUUUAUGAAGAUUAAUAUUAAUGGCGUUCCUAUAGAACAAAAUGAGAUUGAGAAAAAAUUAGAUGCUCUGUACGAAUGGAUUUGUAGUACACCAAAAACCAUUACCUAUAGAGUUAAUUUAUUACUGACCACGGCUGAACAAGUAAUAGAACAUUUAAAUGACGUGAUAUCGGAGCAGUAUGAAAGUCGUGUGCCAACAAUAACAACAUUCCCCCAUUUAUCAGAGAUAGUUACUGUACACAGUUGGGACGAGUCUAUAAAAUUAGAUUUAUCAAAGCAUUCGAAGGAAGUUAUUGUUGAUGCGGCAUGUGGAUCAGCUGUAUUAAGAGGUUCACAUGUAUAUGCUCCAGGAAUCUUAGGAAUUCCAAAUGGUUUAAAAGUAGGAGAUGUAGUAAGCGUAUUUGCAGAUAUUGUUGGUUGUACCAAGAAAGGAUUACUUAAACCAUCUGAAGUUGAUAAUGAAAAUAAAACAUUCUUGGGUAAUGGAAUUAUCAUGCAAACAAGAGAAAAUAUUUUCUGUAAUGGCGGACAAGUAAGGGGCGUUGCAAUAUAUAUGACUGAUGUAAUUUCUCGACUCCCACAAUUAAAUAAUAUUUCAGUACCGGAUGGAUGGGCAUUGUUACAAAAUUUACCAUCAAUUAUUUGUACUCGCGUUUUAAAUCCACAGCCUGGAGAAACAAUUCUUGAUAUGUGUUCAGCACCAGGAAAUAAAAGUACACACAUUUCGUCCCUUAUGAAGGGAAAGGGUAUUCUAAUAGCUCUUGAUAGAAACAAAUCCAAAUCAGAAAAACUUAAAUUAAAUUGUAAUAAAUUUUCAAGCGGUAAUGUAAAAUGUUUUUGGUACAAUUCAAAAAAGGCUUAUAAUAAAUAUGCAGAUAAUUCGAAUAUUAACGAUGGACCACCAUUUAAAAAUGAUAGUUUUGAUCGUAUAUUAUUGGAUAGUCCAUGCAGUGCAUUAGGACAAAGACCACAACUUCUUAAUAAAAUUACUGCUGUACAACUUCGCUCGUAUGUGGCUUUACAAAGGAAAUUAUUCUCAACGGCUGUUCAUCUUUUGAAACCAAAUGGAAUCUUAGUAUAUAGUACUUGUACUAUUACGAUAGCUGAGAACGAAGGUAUUAUCUCAUGGGCUCUAAAAACAUAUCCAUGUUUAAAAUUGAAUUCCAUUAGUGAUCAAUUAGAUUUCAUUAGAGACCAAACAAAAACAUUUUUUUCUAAAGGAUAUAGCAUUGAUGGAUUAACAGAAAAUGAAUCAGAAUGUUUACUUAGGAUGGGACCUGAACAGGAUAGUAUUGGCUUUUUUAUAGCAUGCUUUACUAAGCAAAUUAUGGAAGAAGUAUAACUAAAAUAAUUUUAUUAAAUUAAGUCGCGAGUUGCGUCCUUACUUUGAUUUUUAAAAUUUAUCGUCAUUCUUGAGCUUCAUUUGUCUGACAAUUUUCAUCUAAAACACCUUCACCACAAAGUAUACAUUUUUCUUCAUAAUUUGGUACAGUGGACAUUAUUUUCAAUAUCUCUAUUGAUGGUCCAAUAUUCCUAUUCAAAAGUUAUCUAAUAUUAUCUUCCAUCAUAUUCCUUACUUAAUGAAUCAAUUACUAAUGUAUGCGUACAUUUAUAUUUGUAUUGUAAAAAAAAAAUAUAGAAUAUUUUACAAACCUUGGACUAAAACAUACUGUAAUUGGUAAAGUAUGUUUGCCAUUAACAGGACAAGCAAGUAUUUCUCCCAUAAUAGGAUCAUAAUUAAAAUCUUCAUUGAGAUUAGUUUUUUUGAUUUCAAUUUUACA